CUCCUUUUCUGGAGAUAAGAAAUUGAUUGGAGGGAAACCCCACACACAGAAAUAACUACGAUGGACGUUAUGUUGUGUAUUGUCUUUUGAAACGACAUAUAAUUUAAAGACAAUGGCCUUUUCCGGGUUUGGCACCGGCAACACAGCUACCCCUUCGUUUGGGACAACAGCCGCUGCUCCGCCAUUCGGUUUUGGUACAGCCACAACCUCCGCCGCAGCUCCGAAUCUGGGGUUCGGAACAGCUACUGGCACGACAUCGGCGGCUCCAUCAUUUGGGAGUUUCGGGACGUCGACAACGUCUGCUCCAUCGUUCGGAGGCACGACCGCCCAGCCUUUCGGAUUUGGAGGGGCCCCCACAACGUCUGUAGCUCCUUCGUUUGGUUUUGGAGGGGGGAUCGGAGCAACGACGUCUGGGCCACCUCCAUUUGCAGGAUUCGGUACGACAACAACGUCAACAGGAGGUCUCACACUAGGUGGCAGCACCGGUUUUGGAACAGGAUUUGGCACCAGCGCAGCAGCGCCGACUGGGUUUGGGAACUUUGGAGGAACAUCAACAUUUGGAGGCGGUACUUCAGGGUUCAAUCUUGGAGGCACUGGUACAACGGGGACAGGUCUUUUGGGUGGAGGAGCAACUGGUACUAGUUUGUUUGGUGUUAAUCAGCAGCAGCAGCAGCAACAACAGCAGCAACAACAACAACAACAACAGAAUCUACAGAGUCUCGAGAACCUAACUACUGCCAUCACCACGCCACAGCUGUACGGGGAUGAACGGGACGCCAUCAUAGCCAAGUGGAACCAACUCCAGGCGUACUGGGGGACUGGCAAGGGCUACUUCAGUCAGAAUGGCUGCGUGACCUUCACUCCAGAAAAUCCUUACUGUAAAUUCAAGGCUAUAGGGUACAGUUGCCUGCCGACCUCCCGCAAUGAGGAUGGACUUGUGGCAGUCACCAUCAAAAGGAAGGAAUCCGAAGUGACCGUUGGUCAGCAGCUGAUUGUGGAUUGCCUAUUCAAGAUGCUAGGCAGUAAGCCUCAGUAUUCAGUGUGUGUGGAAGGCAUUAGACCACUACCAGAUGACAAGACAGAGCUGGUUGUAUACAUCCUUGAACGACCUGAUCGAGGACCUGCGCGGCGAAUCCCAGCUCUAGAAACUGCUAACUUUCUGAAACAGACCAACAUCCUUCCCCAGCUGCAGUCCCAGAUCAUGGCUGAGGAUAUCCGCCCAAAGACUGGGUUCACCAAAGACCAGCACAAACAGUAUCUGGACAACACACCAUCAGGAAUCCACCCCCUUAUUUGGCAGCAGGCCAAGCUAGACAACCCAGAUCCGGGAAGCCUAAUCCCCGUCCCAAUGGUCCGAUUUAAGGAGCUAUUCCAUCGCAUGAAACACCAGGAACAACAGACGAAGCUGCACCACCAAAGGAUGGACAUGAUUGCCACAGACCUGACACAGCUUCAGCAGAAACAGGUCAGCAUGCUGGCAAAAAUGGACGAGUAUAAACGCAAACACCUGGAGCUCGGCCACAGACUUUUACAGGUGGUGGUGAAGCAGGAGAUUUUCAGAAAGAUGGGGUACGCUAUACAGGCCGAGGAGGAACAGUUACGAGUACAGCUAGAGAAAAGUCAGGCCGAACUGAACCAUCCCACACAGUUUAAGGGUCGCUUAAACGAGUUAAUGUCACAGAUUCGAAUGCAGAACCACUUAGCAAGUACAAGGACAGAUGUUAGUUAUCAAAUCGAUCCCGCUCUACAGGACGAAAUCAAACAGUUACUAAAACAGCAGCAAGAAGGACUGCGUCACCUCAUACAGAUCAUUAAAGAAGAUGGACAAGAUCUACAGCUCAUAGAGCAGAACCUUGAUGCCCCGAUCAGACGGUGACCUUGUCAUGAAUAGGGGAUAGCUAAUACACAUUGAACCCCCUAACUGAUGGUGGCACCUAGUCAAGGUCAGGAGGGGAUAACUCUACAUAUAAAGGAGGAGCGGCACAAACCCCCAACUCCAAGAGCAGAACUUUGAAGCCCCAAAUGGAGAUGAAGACUAACUUCUGUGGCAGUAGAAAAUAACUGGGGAAGUGUAAUCUUCCUGUGAUGCCAAGCAAAUAAAAGGGGAAAUAACUCAUCAAUCAAAUAGGACUAUAAAGGUGUACAACUACUAAGAUAGGACAUUGUUUCCGCAAGCAUCUUAGAAAAGGGGGAUUGCUGAAAUGACAUCGAGUCAAAUACCAGACAAAUCCUUUUUGUGUUGUGACAAGCUGGAUUACAUGAAUAACACCUAGCCAGUAACAGGGGGUUACUAUAGCAACAACAUGGGGGAUAAUAUAUCUAAUAACUUGCUAAUGACAACAGUAGUAUAUAACUUGCGUAUUAUGAUAGCAAGUGAGGACAGGGAACAACAGGUUUGACAAGUCAAGUGUUCAUAUUAAAACUGUAUUCAUACCAAACAGAAGUAUAGAAAAUUACAGGGGAACAUAACUAUUCCGCAGAUGUCUUGCAUUCCUAUACAUAUCAAUUGUAUUGCCUGCUUGGGAAGCAGUUUUUGAAAGGCCAGUGCUAACAACACCCAGCCAGAGAGGUGGGACAUUUGGUUGUUGCUUCAUCUAGCUAUGGGAAAACAAACAAUUCUAUUUUAACUGACCAGGAAAACCUAGACAAAUGGGAGGGAACUCAAAAUAUGAACAAUGACAUUGAGAGGGGAGAUAACUCUUCAAGCAGAUUUGAUGUUGCUCCCAGGUGAUUAUGUGCCUUCUGUGUUACAUACAAAAAUCCAGCAAUGAUGGACAUAAGUAAACAAGGCGAAAAUUAAGCCUUACUGUAAUGACAACUGUCAGUUUGAAGUUGUCUGAAUGUUUUGGGGAGGGAGGGGAGGUAAUCCUGUAUCAGCAUUAUGUAACAGGAAUCUGUAUCAGACAGGCGUUUUACUAAUUGUUUUGAUAUGAAUAUGAAUGCUUUCCAUAAUGGAUGUUGAUAAAAUAAAUUACAAUGAAAUGACAUCAAAUGUUUUUUAUUUGAAUGAAUUUUUCAUACAAAAAUUAUUUGAUUUUCAUUAUUAUAAAAGCAUUUGAGACAGAAAACAAAAGCACCGAUAUACAACCUGAUUGACAGUAGACAACAGAUAAAUAACUGAUCAUAUCCUAAUAUUGACAACCAAUAUACAACCUGAUUCACAUCACAAUUUGAACUCCUGAUAAAUAGCAUGAUUCACAUUUUAAUUGUGAAGACUGAUCUACAACCUCAUUCACAUUGCUCGACACCUGAUAAAUAGCAUGAUUCACAUUAUAGUUGUGACAACUGAUAAACAACCUCAUACAACCUGAUAGAAAGUAAAAAGCUUACUAGUAAAUAGAUUUGUACUGUAAAUCUGUAAUAAAAUUUCAUAUCAAGUUUAUUUUGACAUAUUUAAUGAAAACUUUAUUCAGAGACAACCUUUGGAAAUUCAUAAGUUUUUUUAUUUCUUAUUACAAGUCUCGUAAGGAUCCCUGUCCCACUGCACUGUGGUUUUUCCUAUAACUGUAGCACAGUUGGGACAAUUCUGUUGACUAAUUAGCUCAAUCAGUUAGAGUGAUGGUAGAUCAAUCUGUGGUCCAGGGUUGGAAUCUCAGUCUAGCCCGGUCAAAACUUGUCUAAUCCGACCCAAAUGUCUGUAUUGGUCUUAUUAGACAGAGUGUCUGUAUAACAAGUUUAAAUUAAAAAAAUCUGUUUGAUAAGACAGGAUUAUAGAAUUUUGUUACAUAGGAUAUCGGAAUACUCAGGAAUAAGAUUAGACAGUAUGUCUGAAUACUCGGGGAUAAGAUUAAACUGGAUUCCAGAAUACUUAGGGGUCAGAUUAGAUGGGGGCUGAAUAAGACAGGUUUCAUUUUAUACAUUUCUAUGAUUAUAAAUUAUUUUGUAGUUUUCAUUAAAAUUGAGUUCAGCAUGGAGUCAAAUUAGGCAGGAUAUCGGAAUACUCAAGGGUCAGAGAAAACAGGUUCCAUUGAAUACAUAUGAUAGUAAGUUCCAGGUUUUCUACAUUCACAUACAUUGAUUUUGUUGGUUUAUCUAUCAACAUCACCUGGAUGAAAUUAGUUGUCACACGCCACUCUAUUAUGACGUUUCCAUGGAGAUACAUUUAAUCUUGUCAUGGUUCACAGCCUAGCUACUAUAUUAUUUGAUUUUUUUUUAAAUUCAAUAAUUUUGCAUGAAAUCAGACACAAGUCAAACAGUUCGUAAUUAGUCUUUUCUAGUAAAACAAUCAAGAAAAGAAGCAAUGGAAAUAAAAAAAUAAAAUAAUUCAAAAGCAGGUAUGAGGAAAAAUACUAAAAACCAAAACAAUUUGCUACCAUGUUAUUGUCCAGUCCUGUAUCGGACAAUUAUAACUACACAUUUCAUUGACAAAAAAAAUAUAGGUAAAAAAUUAUAGAAAAAAGUAAAAUAUUAACACUAAUGAACAAUUUUUUCAAAGCAAAGUUAACAUCAAUCUGACUUCAAAUGGCACAAGUUUGUUCUUCUAAUCGUUCACACUUUGAGGACUAAUCAUGAUCAUUCACAUAUUGAGGACUAAGGUAACGUGAUAUAAUUAAUACAACUGUAA